CUGUCGCGGUUCGGCGUGAACCGGAAGUGUUUGACCAAGGUCUACCCUCGCUCUCUUACACCUUGUGGUUUGUUGGCUGCCGGUUUAUUUUUCUCGUUGUGUAGCUCGUUUGUAUUUGUCGGGCCGAAAAUGAGUACAAUGUUUGCGGACACGCUCCUCAUCGUCUUCAUCUCCGUGUGCACCGCGCUGCUAGCCGAAGGAAUCACGUGGGUGCUGGUGUACCGCACGGACAAGUACAAGCGGCUCAAGGCGGAGGUGGAAAAGCAGAGCAAAAAACUGGAGAAGAAGAAGGAAACCAUCACGGAAUCGGCGGGACGCCAGCAAAAGAAGAAGAUCGAGAGACAAGAAGAGAAACUCAAGAACAACAAUCGGGAUUUGUCCAUGGUGCGCAUGAAGUCCAUGUUCGCCAUCGGCUUCUGCUUCACCGCUUUGAUGGGCAUGUUCAACUCCAUUUUUGACGGGCGCGUGGUGGCCAAGCUGCCCUUCGUGCCGCUCUCCUACAUCCAGGGCCUGUCGCACCGCAACCUGCUGGGCGACGACUACACCGACUGCUCCUUCAUCUUCCUCUACAUCCUUUGCACCAUGUCCAUUCGACAGAACAUCCAGAAGAUGUUGGGCCUGGCUCCCUCCAGGGCGGCUACCAAGCAGGCGGGGGGCUUCCUGGGACCCCCUCCCCAAGCCGCCAAGUUCUCCUGAGCCGCUUCGUUUGGAAUUAAGUGUCUGUUUUUUCAGCCAAUUAAAAUGCUACCG